CCUUCGAGAGAGAUACAUACAAGAGUAAGAUUUUGUAUGGUCGGUCACAUGAGAGAAAGAGUUGAGAGGGGAGCUUUUGAAAAAUUCUCUCGCUUCGAGUCGCGAGUCAGUAUCCACGCAGAACGCAGAGACACGAUUAACGCUCUCUUGAUAUUGCGAUUCACUUUACGUUUCCGAUCAUGGCCAUUCAUUGAAUACUGAGUGAGCACCCCGGAGCACGUUACGUAACACGCGGUACACACACCGUGCGAAUAUUUGCCAAAACAAAGCAGCUUAGGAGUUACUCAUUCGACGGCCGGACAAACUUAGCAUGUACCCGUCAUUGCUGGAAAUGGACAGGCCGUUCGGCUCGUUCGCAUCAAACGGGCACUUAACCAACAAUCACUCAAACUCAAGACUGACGCUGUCCUGGAAGGACCUUUCAGUGUGGGGCGCUCGGAAAAGAACUUUUUGGGGCAGAAAAAAAGAACAGACGCAAAUUCUCAGAAAUGUGAGCGGUAUUGCGCGAGGAGGUCGUCUGAUCGCGAUAAUGGGCGCAAGUGGAGCCGGGAAAACUACUCUGUUGGCCACAAUCAGUCAGCGAACUAAAGGCGAGUGCUCCGGGGAGAUUCGAGUGAACGGCAAAGUUGUGGGCAGAGAUCUUUUGCGAAAAAUAUCUGGCUUUGUGCCACAACAGGACUUAGCAGUCGACUCGUUAACCGUCCGAGAGCACAUGGAGUUCAUGGGAAAUCUGAAAGUGGUCAACGGCAUGCGAAACAGCGAGAGGACGCGGUGGGUCAAGUCGCUGCUCUCCGAGUUGAAUCUGCUCAAGUGCGAGGACACCCGUCUGUCCGCUCUUUCGGGGGGCGAACGCAAAAGGCUCUCGCUUGCCGUCCAGCUGCUGACGGAUCCUCCGAUCCUGUUUUGCGACGAGCCCACGACAGGUCUCGACAGUUUUAGCGCCGCGGUUGUGGUGGAGAAGCUGCGUCUGCUUAGUGAGAGGGGCAUGGCCAUCGUGUGCACCAUUCACCAACCCGCCUCGGGAAUCUUCGACCUUUUCCACGAGCUCAUUCUGCUCGCAGGCGGGAGGGUCGCUUAUCAAGGCGAGGUUUCUGCCGCAAAUCAGUAUUUCAGCAGCAAGGGCCUGCGUUGUCCCGCAACAUACAGCGCCGCCGAGUUUUACGUAACGCAGCUGGCGAUUCGUCCCGGCAAAGAGGACAAAUGCACGAAGCAAGUGCUAUGGUUGUGCGAUCAAUUUGCAGCCUCCCCCGAAGGCAAUGCCCUUCAGCAGGCCAUCGACGAGGGAGGCAUCGUUUCCGACGGCCCUUGCGCCAUUCAGUGGAAACACCAACUCGGGGACUACAUUAACAACAAAGCAUUGUCGACGCCUUCGAGAGCUUGGCAGUUGUACUGGAUAUUGUGGCGUUCGAUGGUUGCUGCACGAAGAGACAAAACUGAUAUCAUGGUCCGGAUGCUCUUUUUCAUGUUUGUUGGACUGGUGAUUUCGAUGCCGUUCGUCGGAACUGAAAAGGACCAGCGCGGGAUUCAAAACACUCAGGGUCUGUUUUACUUGAUCGUGGUCGAGACGAUCUUCACCUUCGCCUAUUCCGUGUUCAACACAUUCCCCCAAGAAAUCCCAAUUCUCCUCAGAGAAAUCAGUGACGAUCUCUACAAACCAGGACCGUAUUAUUUGUCGAAAAUGAUCAUGCUGAUCCCGAGAUGCAUCGUUGGUCCGUUUUUCUACGUGUUGUUGAUUUUCAGCGUGGUCGGUCUCAACGGAGGCUUCCUCGGCUUUCUCGCUCUCUGCGUACCAGUCAUGUUGUGUGCGGCGUCUGCCACAGCCUACGGUUGUAUGAUGUCUGCAUUAUUUGAGUCUGUGUCAACCGCCUCCUUGCUCUCAGUGCCAAUCGACCUUGUCACAAUUUCGUUCUCUGGCCUCUUCCUCCGUUUGAGCUCGUUGCCCAUCUACCUCUCGUGGCUGAAAUACCUGUCGCAAUUCUACUUCUCGAAUGAAGCCGUCUCCAUUCUUCAGUGGCAACAAGUGACAGACCUCGAAUGUUGGGACGACAUUCCCGGAGCGCCGUGUUUGCACAAUGGAGAGGAAGUGCUCGAAAAUUACGGAUUCAGUACUUCCAAUUUGUCGCUAGACCUGCUGGGAUUGAGUGCCAUUUACUGCGUUUCGCACCUCGUCGGAUUCCUAGCGAUUGUCAAAAGAAGCAAGGCGCAAGCGAUUUAUUAACUUUCUGCCUUUAUUGACACAUUUUUUGUACAUAUUU